AUGGCUAAUAGCCCCGGGGUAGGGCAUGAGUUCCCGCCGUUCGAAGUUUCCUGGCUGAAGCGCGAUCUCUUGAUCUUCGCCAACAGCAUUGGAUGUACUUCGGACGAGCUGCAUUACCUUUAUGAGCGCCACCCCGAUUUCCAGCCGUUCCCUACCUAUCCCAUGAUGCUCUUAUUGAAAAGGACCGACGUCGAGGUCAUCGACUUUACCAUCCGCAACAGCCUCCCGCCGAUCCCUGGAGUGCCGCAGUUCUCCAUCCACCGGCUCGACGGCAGCCGCAGUAUCACGCUCCUCAAACCGCUGCCACCAACCUCGGAAGGGCAGCAGUUCGUGAUCAAUUCCCGAGUCUCGGGUGUCUGGGACAAGCAGAGUGCAGGGAGCUUGGUGGAGGUUGAGUACGAGCUCCUAAACGUGGACACAGGAACCCUGCAUGCAAAGGCCAAAGGGAGCAUCUUUUACAUGGGCCAGGGCGGCUGGGGUGGCCCAAAGGGGACUUCCAUCCAAUAUCCCCCGCCACAAGGAAGAAAGCCAGACCUGAUCUCUCGGUAUCAGACGACUCCCGAGACUCCAUUGCUUUUCCGACUGAACGGUGACUAUAAUCCUCUGCACGCCUACCCUCCACGUGGGAAGGAGAUGGGCUUCGGCGGCGUGGUCAUCCACGGCCUCUUCACCUGGAACGUCGCGGCGCACGCGCUCCUCAAAGAGCUCGGCGGCAACGACCCGGCGAAUCUGCGCCAUUUCGAGGCUCGCUUUGCUUCGCCGGUCCGACCGGGCGAUUUGCUGGUGACCCAAGCGUGGCAGAUCGGGGUCGGAGAAGACGGAAUCGAGGAAAUCAGGUUCAUCACCACAAUACACGGGGGGAAGGUGUGUUUGAGCAAUGGAAGAGCUUUGAUGAGGGUGGUGGGAAAGGAGAGCAGGCUCUGA